AUCCGAGCCAUCUUUUAGCCCACUCCUGCAGGACUUGGUGGAUUCUGUGCCUUACUGCCCUGUUUUCCUCCCACCUCCCGCACCAUCUGCAUGCAACGACUGCGCCUCAUCAAACCACCUUCCUAAGCCAUUUUCAGGUCUAUCUCGAUAUCUCAAACAUCCUUCACACUAUCCACCAUCAUCGCUUGUAAUACGGAGACCCUUGCGCACAUCUCGAGUCUCAAUUACAGACUGCAUCUUCGCUCGUUCCACAUCUCCAUCCAUGCGCACCUUCCAUCCAGCUCGACUUUGCGCGCCGGCGCCAUCGACCUGAACCUCUUCUCUCACCACCUGCGGCCUCCCACCGCUCAGCCAACCUGAACGAUGCUGAGACCCGCCACGCCGCUGACAAUUUUACUGCUCAUAUCCUUCGUUCUGCUCCUCUUGUCCGUCAUAUCAACUCCCAUUGUCAAAUCAAUUCCUAUUGCAACCUAUCAGGGUGUCAACUUUGGCGUCUUGGGUUAUUGUACAACGACCAAAUGCAGUGGUAUAAGAGUGGGCUAUACAACGGAUGGCCUCUUUGGUUCUAACGGAGAUGGCGACUUCAACUUGCCCUCUUCCGCCAGACACUCCCUAUCGUCGUUACUAAUUGUUCAUCCGGUCGCUGCUUUCUGCAAUCUAGUUUGCCUUGCCCUCGCCGCUGCCGCUCAUUUGCACUCACCGUCGCACUCUGCUCGAUACCUUCUGGGCCUCCUGAUUCUUCUACUACCCACCUUGCUGGUCACCUUGCUGGCUUUCCUUGUCGAUAUUCUACUAUUCGUGCCUCAUCUACAAUGGGGAGGAUGGAUUGUACUCGCUUCCACCAUUCUAAUAACGGCAUCGGGCGUGGUAACAUGUGCCAUGAGAAGAACGCUAGUUUCUCGGAAAGCAAGAAAGAAGAGAAUUGCUGAAAACGCCGAAAUGAGCGGGGAGAAUUUCUACAGCAGACAAGCUCAAGAAUCCAAACUUGGAGCGCAAACUUUUACCGCACCUGAACCUACUAUGCCCAUGGUCAACGGAGCUCCUGGUGCAGAUCGAUUGCCCGCAUUUACGACAUUCGAAACUGGCAAGCCUGACGAAGACCGCCAACCACUGAGAUCACAAGCAUUGGCCAGCGAUGGGACUACCCUUAGAGAUGGUGCGUCCGAUCGCUACUACCCUCCUCCAUCCGUCCGGUCGACCAGUCGACCACCCUACGAAGGACCAAGAGAUCAGUUUGGCAACCCUGUUCCCCCUCCUAACGGUGCUAUGAUGCCUCCUGGAAGAAGAUCCGGAGAAGAGCGGACUCCCGCUGGCUCGCACCGCGAAGGCUCCGUGCCUCCACCAGGUAGUCGAGGCUACGGCCCUCGAGGCAGAGGCAACUAUGCACCUCGAGGAGGAUAUCCGCCCAGAGGAGGAGGUUAUGGUCCUAGAGGCCCUCCGCCACCUCAAGGCUAUCCAGGACGAGGUGGAUUCUCCACCGAGAUGAGAGGAGGCUACACUGGACGUGGAAGGGGAGGAUACCCUCCUGUUGGUGCCAUUGGUGCCGUUGGUGGAGGAAUGGCAGCGGGAGCCAUGAUGGCUGAUGGACAACGUCGACCACCACCGGGUUACCCACCAAAUGGCGGCGAACGGAUCACACCACCCGAAGCUUACCCAGACAGAAUGGGACCUUUUGGUCCCAUCGCCAGUUCCAAUCCAUACGUCGAAAGUGCACCUCCCAACAGGGCCGAUGCCAUCAGCCCUUCGGUAUAUACGACUGGACCAGAUGAGCAGGUAGCUCCAUACGGAGCCCGAGCACAAUCUCCAGGUCGCUCCCCCUACGGAAGUCGAAUGCAGUCCCCAGCUGGCACCGCCCGACAACCUUCACCGCCGCCAGCCAUGCCUCCAAUGCCCGCAACUCAAGCAGCAGAGCUGCCCAGUAGUCCAAGGUCCAUUUCCAGGAGAUCACAGAGUCAAGAUCCAUAUGUUCCCCCACGCGCUCAAUGGAACAAUGUGUCUCACGAGGAUUUCGCCCAGCCGAGAUCACCAGGACGAUAUACCUCUCCGGUUGAGCUCCCUUCGACUGGAAGCCACGUUGGAGGCUACGGUGGGACUCCACGACGGCCCCGCGUAAAUUCUGGUGGCAGCGAUGUAUAUUAUGAAGAUGUUGACCCUCGAUUUGCGUCCGACCCUGCGACAAUGCCUCCAGUACCACCAAAUCCCCAUAUGCAAGCUCUAAGUGUGCCGCCACUCCUGACACCAGGACAGCCCCAAUACCGACCUGAUUCGGUGGGUGGACUGCCGCAGACGAAUUCGUACGAAGAUCUGCCUGGUGCACGAUCCCCGGCCGAAAGCGAAACCAGCAAUUUCACGUCUGUCAGCCAGCGUGGGGUCAACCCCAACUGGAGACCGGGUAAUGGUGGAGAGUUCAGCUCGCUUGGUCCGAUGAGGCCGCGAAGAGAGCACCAGGUGAAGCGCGAUGUGCUUCUUGCGGGGAAUCCGGACUUUGAGAUUCCAGGGAUGAGCGUACCGGGUCGUAUGGGACCACGAGAUGGCCGUGGCGGCACGAGAGGUGCAAUGAUGAUGGGUGGAGGGCCUCCUCGGAUUCCGCCCGCCAGCGCUGUGGGAGCAGGAGUCGAUGGGAGGUAUCCGAUGGGACCGCCGCCGCCGCCUGCUGGACCGGGAAGCAUGAGAGAAAUAUAAUAUGUUUGACGCCCCUGAUUAUGGAUUUGUUGAGAAUUACAUAAAAACGACGAUCAGUAUUUUAAUGAAUGUUUGGCACACGGCCGCUACAUUAUGACUUUCAACCUACGAGGUUUACUGCGAGGAUCUGGGCAUAACACUUACGAUUGAUGAUUCGAUAGUAUGUAUAUAAUCCCCAUAGAGGGUGAACAUGGCGAUCAGGAUUGCUCAUGUGGGACUGAGAGUUGAUAUCUGGGGCGCGCCAGUAGCAUUCACAAUUUACAACUUUCUCCUCUAGC